CCGAAAAACAGUUCUCUCUUGUGAUAGCCUACGGUUCCUGAUUUAUAGGGUGGGGACGAAUUAGGGUUUUUUUCUUUUUUUUCACUUAGGCACGCACAUGCACAGAGCAAACAAUGGAGGAGGAAGACGAAAGGAGAGAAGCGGCAAUAGCAUCGGCCCCUUCUUUACAGCCCAAUUUCAAGCCUGAUGGUGGAGGUGGCGUUACCAAACAUCAGAUCUCCAAGUUCCAAGAAUUGCAUAGGAGGCGUUUACAAAUUAAAGAAAAAACAACAAAUAAAAAGAAAUCCAAAGGGAUAGUUGAUAGGACUAGCAAAUCUCAUGGGAUGGCAAUCAAUGCUAAGGAUUGUACAGAUGAAAAUACGAGUAAAACAAUUGAAGAUUCUACUAUUCUCAUCUCAAAAAGCUGUGACAUUAAGGAUAUUUGUGCUCGCCAGCAGGAUGUUGUAGCAGCUUCUAUUGCGUCAAGGAAGCGCCAGAAGUUACAUUGGGGGCUUGACACAAAAGAAAGGUGGGAAAGGAAAUCGAACAUGUAGGGAUACGAGAGUAAAUGCAGCUUUUUGCUGUGAUUGCGGACAUAUCACGCUGAAGACAUUCUCUUGAGGUUAGAAGAUAGGGCUGUUCAACUUCAACGAUUGGUUUGGCUGGUACAAAUCAGAAUUCUCCACCGUGCCAGAAUCUGGUCAUAUUUUUGUUGGUCGGUGAAUCUGGUUAUGUUACUGUAAAUGCUUUAUGGGAAGCUCCGGUACUGCUUUUUAUCUUUGAAAUAACUGUAUGUGAAAAUGAAAAUUAAAGUUGCUGUAAGAGAGAUGGAGUCUCUUCGUUAGCUCUGGUACUACUUUUAUCAAGGUUUGAUGCUCACUAAAGUUGAGAGCAUUGGGACAGGGUAAUGGCAGAUUUUUCUAUGAUUGAGCUUUGAUCAAAAAAUUGUUAUAG